AUGUCCAACUCAGACAAGUACAGGUACAGAGUGGAGGUCCAACAGAUGAUGUUCGUCUCUGGUGAGGUCAAUGACCUGCCUGUUGAGACCACAUCUCUCAUUGAAGACAUAGUUCGUGGUCAGGUUAUAGAGAUUCUACUCCAGGCUACCAAAACAGCAGCUAGUCGAGGAACUCGUUCUAUAACAUCGGAAGAUGUCAUUUUCCUCAUACGACACGAUAAAGCCAAGGUCAAUCGUCUUAUCACCUACCUCUCGUGGAAGGAUGUCAGAAAAAACACCAAAGAUCAAGAAGGUGGAGGUGCUGAAGGGCUUAUAGAGGGUGAUGCAGCGGGGGCUUCUGCUGGAGCUGCUCCUGGAGCAAAUGACCAAUCCAAGAUGAUCACUCGUUAUAAGAAAUCCAAGAUUAGAUUGCCAUGGGAAGUGCAGUUUAUGUUCAGUGAACAGCAUCUUGAAACCGCCGAGGAGGCUGAGGAAGUAGACGACGAAGAGAAGGCUGCCACAAUGGCCUCGCUUAAACGAUUGAAGAUGGCGGAUGAUCGUACCAAAAACAUGACAAAGGAAGAGUACGUGCACUGGUCCGAGUGUCGUCAAGCUUCCUUCACAUUCAGAAAAACGAAGAAGUUCAGAGAAUGGGCUCAGAUAACUCAAAUCUGUGAGUCGAGACCCAACGACGAUGUCAUUGAUAUUCUUGGUUUCUUGACCUUCGAGAUUGUAUGUUCACUCACAGAGGUUGCCAUGUCCAUUAAAACAGCUGAAGAGAAGCUCAUACAACAGUCAAUCCUGAAAGCAGGCGCUAUCAACAAAGAGAUCAACAAAAGAAAGCGCAAAUAUUUGUUUGAAAAGCCAGAUGAGCUUGCCAAACCCAUACAACCAUAUCACAUAGAAGAGGCCUGGCGUCGUCUUCAAUCUACAGACUUUAAACACAAGGCCGUGCGUUCAUUCGGUGGGGGUAUGCUAAAAUCUAGAACUAGAUUGAUCUAA